AUGGAGGAAGGAAACACGAUUGCCCGAAACCUACAAAAGGAGUUGGAUGCAGCCGUUCGCGACACACCUGGUGUCGAUCCGCCGUCUGUCUUGAAGGAGAAGUCAGGAUGCAGCCUACUUACGCCUGAGAAGGAAAGACGGAUCCCCCUCUUUUCAAGUAGCCCUUCUUUCGAGUUUCAAAGUGGUGAAGUCGCCUCGAAAAGACCGGCCACGGUACCGGCUCCGUCCCCUGACGAGCGUACAUACACCCGGGAUGAAGUAGAGGCCAUGAUCACUACGGCCAUUCGAAAUUACGCUCAAUCCUUGCCCCAGGAUAACCGACCUAAGAGAGACUUGAGACGCUCUCCGAACGAAGGGCGAGCUGAAGACGAGUGCGACCGUUAUUCGGAGAAUCGAAGAGGUGAUAGUCAUGGUGUCAGGACCGAGGUGGAUAGUCUGAGGCGCGAUAUGAACGAAUUAAAAGCCCUGCGGAACAGUUCAACGCGAGUUAUCGGGGGAUCUAGCCCUUUCGCAAGACACCUCGAUGAUGAUCCCAUACCCGCUAAUUACCGACCUAUUUUGUUCGAAUACAAUGGCACAUCAGACCCUGCUGAACAUCUAAGUCGUUUCAACAAUACAACAUCACUUCACCAGCUCACGGAAGGGGUGAAGUGUCGUGCCUUCGUCACCACUUUAGCUGGGCCGGCUCAGGCCUGGUUCGGUUUGUUGCCCCCCGGAAGCGUACAUUCUUUCGGACAAUUUGCCAAGGCCUUCAUGAAUCAGUUUGCUAGCUCGAAGAAGUGCAAAAAGACCUCUCUGUCGUUGUUCAGCAUUCGUCAAAAGGAGAAGGAAAGCCUCAGGAACUACAUCAAGCGGUUCACUUCGGCCACCUUAGAGGUCCCCACUACCAGUGACGAGGUGCUUAUGGCAGCCCUUUCACAAGGACUAAGAGAUGACGAGUUUUUCCGAGCUCUAGCGCUGGAACCUUCGCCUGAUUUUGAUAAUCUGCUAGAGAGAGCAUCUAGGUUCAUUAACCUAGAAGAAGCCCGCCAGCAGAAAGUGGAAGAAUCUCACCAAACCGCGAAUGCACGAGUUAACGAAGUAAAGAAAGGCAAGGAGCCCAUGUUACCUCGAAGGGAUGCCAAUACUCCCGGUCGGGGUACUGCCCCGGAUGCUAAAGGAUCUCGAUAUCAAUCGUAUCAGCCUCUUACGGCCCCUUUGUCCCAUGUGUUGUGCGAAAUCGAGAAGAGAGUUGACUUGCGAUGGCCCCGGACCGCUCGAGAAGCACGUCGCCGAGAUCCAACACUGGGUACCUUUUGUCGUUUUCAUAACGAAUAUGGACAUAUGACUAACGAUUGCACGCAUCUGAAAGAUGAGGUGGAACGUCUUAUCAGAGACAAUAAGAUUGGAGAUUUUGUGAAGAUAGACCCCCCUCGGGAACAAAAGCGCGAGGCUCAGUUCGGAAAUCCUGCGCGAGUCCCGCCCCCGCGACCAAUGCCAAAAAGAGGAUUCAUUCAGAUGAUUUCAGGGGGCCCCACGGGAGGAGAUACUCACCGGGCUAGGAGGCGCCAUCUCGGUAGUCUCAAGAACAAUCGCGAAGUUUGCCAAAUUUCUACAUCGAAGUGCCGUCAAUACCCCACUAUCUCGUUUGGUCCUGAAGAUGAAGUAGACCUUGAUGAUUUUCAUUGCGAUCCUCUCCUCAUCACGAUUAACGUCGGAGGGUACGACGUCGCUCGCGCUUUUGUCGACUCAGGGAGUUCAGUGGACGUCAUAUCUUACGAGUGUUUCCUACAAAUGGAACUCGAUCUCCCGAUCUUCCCUGUCACCGCCCCGAUAUUUGGGUUCACAAGAGGAUCCCUAACACCGAUCGGACAAGUUAAAAUCCCUGUCACUAUAGGAACGCCACCUCGAGCUCGUACGCAAACUGUCAAUUUUGUCAUCGUUGAAGGUUCGCCGACCUCCUACAAUAUCGUAAUAGGAUGA